GAGGUAUUUUACUGCUGUCUGGAGAUCAAAUUAUUACUGUAGAGAAGAUCUUUAUUUUUUCUGUUUCAUUAACAGAUUAUUAUAAAGCAAUAAGCAUGCAGGAGGAGAAGCAGACGUUUUACAUUGGGAGUUAAUGAAAGCAUGUCUGCUUGUUUUUUGGAGAUGGGGAGUUGUUUAAAAUCUUAUACCACCCCCAUAAACAAAACUCUUCGGAAAUGGUAAAAUAAGGAAAUGCAUGAUUCCAGAGGCAUCCCUAAGCACCCAGUUGUCAGGCUAUGUGGUGUCUUGUGAUAUCAUCGGACCUUUUGGAUGGGUGCUAACCUGCAAAUGCAAAGGUCAGCUGGGAAAAUCAUUAAAAAGGAAAUCUAAAAGAAGCUUCCAAUGCAUUGGACCACCCAAAAGAGAAAGGAAGGAAAUGUUCGGGGAAGACUAGGGUUCCGGGAAGCUGAAGAGGGGGCGAGCGCCCCCAACACGGCGGCUUCUCCUGGCGUUGCCCUAAGGGAAGAGGGUGGGCCUGAGGUCCUGAAAAAGCCUUUCCAAGCCCCCACUUCAGUUGUGGGGAGGGAAAAGUUCAGUGGCAGCCAGAAGGGGACAAAAGCCUAAUUUUGCCAGUUCAACAGGACAGCAGAGUCAAUAAACCCUGCCAGCUCUGGAAACGGGUCGAGGCUCCUGUUGGCUCCACAGAGGCUGAAGCAGCCCUCGCCGCCGCCCUCGUCGCUGCCGCCGCCGCCGCCGCCGCUGCCGCCGCCGCCGCCGCCGCUGCCGCCGCCGCCGCCGCCGCCGCCGCCGCGGCCCCUGCGUUACUGGGGGAGACGGUGCCGCUGCGACAGGGGAGGACGCGGCUGGAGCUCAAGGAGGCUCCAGCGCGCAGGCGCCGCCGAGCCUUGCCUGGAUGCUCAGUCAAGGCACUAAGGCAAAAAAAAAUCAGCAAUUUAUAGAAAGAAGAAGCUAUAGUCUGUCGGGAUAUCCAACACCAACAGUACAUUCAGACAAUGCAUCUUCAGUAGGGCUUAUUGAGAGCUCCAUUUCUGGAAAGCGUUGCAAGACUGAGGAAUAUCAGACUGCGAAUCACCGGGAACAGUUCCCUUGCAGCACAGAAGCAAUCUCUCUCCCCAUCUUCGCAUAUUCUGAUGGCAAAUCAAAUGGAAGAAAAGAGGAAGCAUGACUGCAGAUCACAUCAGUUCUCUUUGUGGAUUACAUUUUCAGUAAAAUGUAUGGAUCUAUCUUAUCCUUGUUCUUAUAUCUAGAUCAUGAGACUUGACUGAGGCUGUAUCUUUAUCCUCCAUCCAUCUAUGGCGAACUAUAGCCAUGCAGCUGACAACAUUUUGCAAAAUCUCUCUCCUCUAACAGCCUUUCUGAAACUGACUUCCUUGGGUUUCAUAAUAGGAGUCAGCGUGGUGGGCAACCUUCUGAUCUCCAUUUUGCUAGUGAAAGAUAAGACCUUGCAUAGAGCACCUUACUACUUCCUGUUGGAUCUUUGCUGUUCAGAUAUCCUCAGAUCUGCAAUUUGUUUCCCAUUCGUAUUCAACUCGGUCAAAAAUGGCUCUACCUGGACUUAUGGGACUCUGACUUGCAAAGUGAUUGCCUUUCUGGGGGUUUUGUCCUGUUUCCACACUGCUUUCAUGCUCUUCUGCAUCAGCGUCACCAGAUACUUAGCUAUCGCCCAUCACCGCUUCUAUACAAAGAGGCUGACCUUUUGGACGUGUCUGGCUGUGAUCUGCAUGGUGUGGACUCUGUCUGUGGCCAUGGCAUUCCCCCCAGUUUUAGAUGUGGGUACUUACUCAUUCAUUAGGGAGGAAGAUCAAUGUACCUUCCAACACCGCUCCUUCAGGGCUAAUGAUUCCUUAGGAUUUAUGCUGCUCCUUGCUCUCAUCCUCCUAGCCACACAGCUUGUCUACCUCAAGCUGAUAUUUUUUGUCCACGACCGAAGGAAAAUGAAGCCAGUCCAGUUUGUAGCAGCAGUAAGCCAGAACUGGACUUUUCAUGGCCCUGGAGCCAGUGGCCAGGCAGCCGCCAAUUGGCUAGCAGGAUUUGGAAGGGGUCCCACACCACCCACCUUGCUGGGCAUCCGGCAAAAUGCAAACACCACGGGCAGAAGAAGGCUCUUGGUCCUAGAUGAGUUCAAAAUGGAGAAAAGAAUCAGCAGAAUGUUCUAUAUAAUGACUUUUCUCUUCCUAACCUUGUGGGGCCCAUACCUGGUGGCCUGUUAUUGGAGAGUUUUUGCAAGAGGGCCUGUAGUACCAGGGGGAUUUCUAACAGCCGCUGUCUGGAUGAGUUUUGCCCAAGCAGGAAUCAAUCCUUUUGUCUGCAUUUUCUCCAACAGGGAGCUGAGGCGCUGUUUCAGCACAACCCUCCUUUACUGCAGAAAAUCCAGGUUACCAAGGGAACCUUACUGUGUUAUAUGAAGGAGCAUCUGGAAAUCUUUAGCCUUGUGAAACACUAACCUUCUCUGCUAAGCAAUCGUGGCUUGUAGCCAUAUCUUGAGAAGAAAAUCAAGAAUGGGAUCAGCGGUUAUAAGGAUUUGGGCAACAUUCUGCAGUAUUUGCAAUAGUUCACCUAUAAUCCUAUUUUAAAUCUCAGAGUGAUCCUGCUGACUGCCGGCGAAGGUUUGUAAUUAAGAAAGGACUGAACCACUGCCCUAAGUUUCUUUCUGUGGUUGAAAACUAGAUAAUGAAAGUAGCAGGUGCUAAGUAUCAGUGCUAAAUGCUGUGUAUAUCACUACUUAUGAAAAAAGAAAAAACAUCAAAAAAACAAUUAGCAUUGGACAUCUUAAUAAAUUAAGUUGACAUGAGGUAAAUGUGUUGAUAAAAACUAAUUUUAGAAGUUUGAAGACUUUAAAACAUUUCAUACUAUUAUUGUUUUGCAAAAACUAAAAUAUUUGGGGACUUAAAGUACUGUAAGCCACUAAAGACGUGCCAUGAAUUAUUGGAUUAUCACACUUAAAAAUUCGCCUUGUAAGUUUGGGGGAGCAUUCCAAAGCAGUAUAUUGGUUUCAAUUAGAGUUUACUCUUUUCUUUUUUUUUUUGUAUUAAUACGUUACUAUUUCUAAAUACCACUUUCCUUACCUACUAGUGAAAUUGCUAGCAUUGAAGUGUAUUAUGUGGUUUUUGUUGAUUUGGUAUAAAGUUUUUCCAAUUCAUUUAUAUUUUACAAAUGCUAGAUAUUGGUCUAGGAGGCAACAUUAAUGGUACCAAAUGGUCACAACUGAACAGUUCUAAUAAUGCAGAAUAAACACAUGUUGCCUUAAAGGGUUAUCUAGUAUCUUUCAUCUUAUUUAGCAUUGGAGCAAAUAGUCAAGGGAAAUCGAAUCAGUAACUGGUCAUGGUCAUGCAUCUGGAAGUGCAUGGACGAUCAUUUAAUACUCUUUUUCCUUUUUCCUCACAUGGUUUGAAAUUUAAGGUGCACAUCACUGGGAUAAUGAGAUUUUCUUCUGAGGUGUGCUACCCAUUCUAGUGUGUUCUAAGAAGCAGGCAGUUGAUGUAUGUUUAUAUUUUAAAUCAGCUGUCAAGGGGAGACCACAGCCUUAGUAAGACAUCCUGCACAAUUUGAGAAGCAUUUAUUCUACCGACGGCACAGUCUUGUUUAUACUUUCUGCACAUUCAGUGUAUUGGUCGUUUAAAUUAUUUCAGUUUUACCUUGUGAAAGCUUAUCAUAUGAUUUCUGGUAUUUUAGAAAUACAUUAGAGUCUGUGAGUCUCAUUCUUUAAGAUACAGAUGUGUGAAUUUCAAUAUAAAGUUGCAUUUGCCAAAAUUUACCCGUGUAGCCUGUUACUUUUCUUGGAAUAAAUUUUACUUUUUUGGCAAUUAACAAUUUCUUUUGACCUGGGAGGCAAGCACAAACUAGGAAGUCUAGCUUUAUUAUGGUUUUGCUUUUUGACUUUUUUGUAGCUACUGUAUUUUGAUACUGGAAAUGCACAAAUGAUAGGGAACUUAAAGAUGAUAAACUGACAAAUAAUAUUAUCUACAAAAGCAUUAUUUGGUAGCUUAUCAUAGUUAUCCCUCUAUUUAUUUUUACAAACCAGUAAUGUUUAGAGAUACAUACCUGCUUAGUUAAUUGGUUCAGAAUUUUAAUAUAAAUAUCACAUUUUAAUUUGGAGCACUGAAGAAAUUUUGGAUUCUAAAUAUAUAACAUCUAGGAAGAAUGGUUUACAAAUAACAUUAUGACAAAACCAGAAAAGUUAUUGUUUUUGUUUUCUAUUGUUUUCAUUUGUUUUUUGUUUGUUUGUUUUGUUUUGUUUUGUUUGGUACUUGAAAAAUAAGAUUAGGAAUCUAAUGGAACAGAAUUCUUUAUUGCUACAGUACUUCUAUAAAGAGACUAUCAAUAUAAAUAUAAAUAAGGAAAAAUAAAUCACUGGAAUGUCUCAAUGA